AUGGUGCCGGUGGUUGUAUCUGUCGGGCCAGGCCCUUUUUCAUCUCACCCCUCAGUAACUGUGACAGACUCCCGGACAGGCAAAGAAGCAGACUCCUCCAUCCUAACCGCUUCACACUCCUCCUUCUCUCUCAAACUUCUUCCCCAUCAACUACAUCACACACUUGCCCUUCUAAUUCUGAGUUUCUCUAUCACCGUCUAUCUAACAACCUUAUCAAUACACUUUUCGACUGCAAAGUUUCACUAA